AUCAAUAUUUUCAAAGGUAUAUAAUGCAGUUAUUGACGUUUUUAAGUAUAAUAUUUUUCAAAACUGUUGACCAACUUCAAUAAAACAAUCAAUGUUGCUCCAUCAAAAGAAUUUGUCAUAUAGUUGGAAAUGAAAAAUGAAGAAAUUUCAGUGUUAUAUAAAUAUUUUGCUUCUUAUUUCGUUGUUAUUGUCCUUAAUUGGAAUGUGGUAUUUUUGUGAUAUUUCAAAUAAAAAAUGCGGGGAAUAUGAAAUGUGUGAUUUGUAAUGAAAUAUUAAAUUCAUAAUUAUUGAAAUGAAGACAGAAAAUUGUAUACCGGGAGAUCCUAUAUGGACUAACGGGGCUGGAAUUUUAUCUAAUGAUGAAUGUUUACCAGUAAUAGGGGGAUGUCAAGUAUCUUCAAUACUAUCUACUCUAGACCCAUCAGACAAAUCAUUGAUGAAUAACUUGGAAACUUCUCAAACUAUGGACAUAAUAAUAUUAGAGUCCUCAGAUCUGAAAUUACCAACAAAUGAAUUGAACUUUCAACAAUCUAACAAUUAUAUGAUACUGAAAGAUAAAAUAGAACAAAAAAAUAAUGGGCAUAUUAAAAGUACUAUCAACAACAAAAAUGAAUCGGCCAACUUAGAAGAUUUACUAUAUUUUGUAUGUAAUCUAUGUCCUUUUUUGUGCACAAGUAAUGAAAAGAUAGCUGAUCAUUUGAAAAAUGCUCAUUCUAACGAAACCAUUAGGAAACAAUUACAUCUUAAAUGCCCAGCUUGUCAAAAUAUAUUUUACCAUAAAAUAUCACUGAGGUCUCAUCUUAUUCAUGAUCAUGGAGUAAGUAAUUCAGAUAUAAACCAAAUUAUUCAAGCAGUUAUUUAUUAUGCUAAAGUUAAAAUGAAAGGGAGCGAACAAAAAAAUAUUAAAACUAAACUUAAAGAGAAUCUGAAGGUAGAAAAAUCAAUACCACAGAAUUCACUUAAAGUUGAAAAUUUGAAUCACUGUUCUAGUGACUCCUAUAAUAUGGAUACUGAGAAGACCAACUCAGAACUAAUAAAUCUAGAAGUUGAUAUGAAUAGUGGCAUAUCUCUGAAUAACUCAAACCUUAACAGCAAAACAAAUAAAAAAGAUAGAAAUUUUGAACGAAAUGCUAAACAAGGUCUUUCGAAAAACUGGAUAUCCAACAUGAUACAAAACAAGAAAGAACAUGUUUGUGUAUUUCCACUAUGUCGAGUAAGAAUGCAGGAUAUCAAUAAAUUGCAAUACCACAUAAACUGUCAUACUCAGUCUGGUUUUAAAUGUGGUGAAUGUAAUCAGGAAUUCCAAUUUUGGAAUUCUCUUAGCGGACACUUAUGGCGAUUGCAUAAAAUUGAUAUGGAACUUCAUUGUUGCAGUGAAUGUGAAUAUAAGACGUACAGCUUAGCUAAGCUCAAUAAUGUGCAUAAGCUUAUACACACAGAUAUGAAAAACUUCAUUUGCAACAUAUGUCAGAAGGGUUUUAAAAAUAAUAAACAAUUGAGGAAUCAUAAGGUUAUACAUAAGGAUAAAUCAGAAAAAGUAGUACAUGCAUGUGAUAUUUGUUUAAGAAAAUUCUCUGAUAGAAGACAAGUUAAAUUACAUAAGGAUACUGUACAUAACAAGUUGAAGCCUUUCUUAUGUAACUUCUGCGGGUACAAAAGCUCUUCUAGAAGUACCUUGAAAAUACAUAUCCGACAACACACAGGUGAAAAACCUUUUUCCUGUGAUAGCUGUUCUUAUUCUACAUCAGAUCACAAUUCUCUCAGAAGGCAUAAAUUGAGACACACUGGUGAUAAACCAUAUAAAUGUGCAUACUGUUCUUAUGCAUGUAUACAAAGUAGCACUUAUAAAGUCCACCUUAAAACUAAACAUCCUGGACUUGAGAAAGAUCUCAUGUUUACAUGUCAUGAAUGCCAGUAUCGAUCUGUUAACAAAGAUAUGUACCUCUCACAUAUAGCACAAACACACAAUCAGCGGUCACAACCAAUAGAAUAAUUAAGCAGUGAUACUUAUGCAAGUAGAACACUAUAAAAAUAGGGGAAUACAGUCUUCUUGACCUGAAAUCUAAUAAUUCAUUCAAACAUUUUACAUUUACAUAGAGAUAAAAUACCUAGAUAAUUUGUAAAUAAUUCAAAAUGUAUUUAUAAAAGAACAACAGAGCAAAAUUUUUAUGGAAAAAAUCAUUUUAUUGUGCAAUUACAUGUAUGUAUAUUA